GGGGGGGGGAGGCUGCUCGGAUUGGAGUUGCUUGGCCAUUCAGAGCUGCCCCGGGGAAGCCGCCGUGGAGGCGACGGGCUGAGGCGGACCCACCUCUUCGCCGCUUGGGAGCCGGGAGGGCUGAGGAAGAAAGAGUUCCAGACCCUGGAGGACACCCAGUUAGAAUUUGAAGAACCAGGAUUUACGGACACUGGAUUGAGACAAGGUGGCUUGAGAUGUCUGGCUCUUAUGAGGAUUCUGUUGAGGUUUUUAGUGGUAGCUUUUGGGAGGUUGGAAAUUACAAGCGGACAGUGAGGCGCAUCGAUGAUGGAUAUAGACUUUGUGGUGAUCUUAUGAACUGUAUUCAUGAGCGUGCAAGAAUAGAGAAGGCUUAUGCUCAACAGUUAACCGAAUGGGCAAAACGAUGGAGACAACUUGUAGAAAAAGGACCGCAGUAUGGGACCGUUGAAAGGGCUUGGCAUGCAUUUAUGUCUGAAGCGGAAAAAGUAAGCGAAUUACACCUAGAAGUAAAAAACGCUCUAAUGAAUGAGGAUUUCGAGAAGAUAAAGAACUGGCAGAAGGACUCCUUUCACAAGCAAAUGAUAGGUGGAUUUAAGGAGACCAAGGAAGCAGAAGACGGUUUUAGAAAGGCUCAGAAACCAUGGGCUAAAAAACUAAAAGAGGUGGAAGCUUCCAAGAAAGCACAUCAUACAGCAUGCAAAGAAGAAAAAAUUGCCAUAUCCAGAGAGGCUAAUAGCAAAGCAGACCCAGCGCUGAAUCCAGAACAACUAAAGAAAUUGCAGGAUAAAAUUGAUAAAAGUAAACAGGAUGUGCUUAAGACAAAAGAAAAGUAUGAAAAGUCUCUUAAAGAGCUGGACAGUACUACCCCUCAGUACAUGGAAAACAUGGAGCAGGUUUUUGAACAGUGCCAACAGUUUGAAGAAAAACGUCUCCGUUUCUUCCGAGAAGUGUUGCUCGAAGUUCAGAAACAUCUUGACUUGUCUACCGAUUCAAGGGGUCACCUUAACCCUUUUUUUCUCCCAAAUAGCAACCUUAGUGUCCCGAGUAACACAGUGCAGUCAAUACAGUCAAGUUACAAUCCCUUUGAAGAUGAAGAAGAUUCUGGAAGUACUGUCAGUGAAAAGGAGGACAUUAAAAUCAAAAAUGUUAGCAGCUAUGAGAAAAACCAGAGUUUGGGGACUGAAUGGUCUGAUGAAGAAACCAACAACCCAUUUUCAUCCAAUGAUGGCCAAGGAGAAUCUAAUCCAUUUGAUGAAGAUGUUUCCCCCACAAUGGAAGUGAGAGUACGAGCCCUCUAUGAUUAUGAAGGCCAAGAACAUGAUGAAUUGAGCUUUAAGAUUGGCGAAGAGCUAACUAAAAUAGAAGAUGAAGAUGAACAAGGGUGGUGCAAAGGUCGUCUGGACAAUGGAAAAGUUGGGCUGUAUCCUGCAAAUUAUGUAGAACCAAUCCAGUGACAAAUAAUUCUGAACGUGAUAUAAUAACAAUCAGUCAACAAGAUGCCUGUGGUUCAUUAUACGAGGAACUGAAAUAUAGCUAUUGAUCUAUCUAUAUAUCUUUUAAUGCAAUUAAAUUGAUUGGUUCCUCCGUUCCUUCAGCAAUCUCCAAUGCUUCAGGCUGAAACCUAGGAAAAGGUUGGCAUCUUAAAGAUAGCAGAAAGUCAACAAGAAAAUGACAGCAUUCAUUUUUAUCCUAUUUUAUGAUGACUGUUCUUAUUUUGCUCCAAAAUUUGCUAAAUCAGUGCCUCGUUUCCUUUAUUUUUGGAUAUUACCUUAAGACCAGUUUUGUUCAAUCAGUAAUGACUUGAUCUUUGUAAUCUGUAAUUUAGUUUUUUAACUGCAACGCUGCAUUUGUUAGUAAUCUGUGAAAAAAUGCAUUUUUAAAAGUUAUGUAGCAAUUCAUUUUUCAUGCAUGGUCUACUACUUCAUUAGCUGUUACAUAAAUAAUGAUUCAGAAGUAUUGUCCUCUCAAUUCUGUACUCUUUUUUUUUUUCAUGCUGUCAGCAUGGCUUAAUAGUGUAAAAUGCCAUAUAUACUACAGUAUCUAUUGUAACAAUUCCAGUAGAAUUAUCUGCAAAUAUUAAGGAUUCGUUUUUCUUGGUGAAUAUUAUUUUGACACUUGAAAUCUCAAUUUCCUAAAGGACAACAUCAUGUACAUUUUAAAGAUUUCCCCAUAUUUGAAGAAUGUCAUUAUAAAAACAAUAUGAAAUUAUAAAAUUUGCAAUCUGUAAGUUAAUGAUUUUAUGUGAUUUGGAAAGUUUAAACGUAAGGUUUAUUUUUUCAAGCCAGAGACUUAAAACGUACUGCCUUUUUACUGAUAUGCUCUUUAAGUUGUCUAUAUGUAUAUAUAAUUUGAUAUUAAAAUUAAGGAGCAUGUGUUAAUUAGAAAAUCUAUUGUAUAUGCAUUAGAUUUCAGAUUGAAUCUGACACCAGAAUAUCAAUGUUGUAUUAACUUCAGUGGAAAGUUAACAGCAGCUUUUAAAGUUUAAGCAAAGCAACUUAAAAUGCAGGCAUAUUUAAAUUUGCUAUGUUUCAUACAUACACACAGGUAUAAGAUAGAAGGCUUAGCUGUGCCCCAUCCUGUAUACUGUGAAUAUAGCUUUCCUCUUAAGGUAUAAAAACUCAGUUUCCCCUUCCAUAUUAUAUUAUAAUCACCUCUAGUUAUCAUUCCAUCUGUGCCUACCCCCAAAUGUCUGCAUGAACUCUCUCACAUCCACUCUUGCAAGAAUAUGAGUUUGUCCUACCCUUUGUUAUAGCAGAACUCCUCACUGUAAUUGGCACUGGGACCACAGGGAUUAAGAGUUCAUUGUGUACCUUUGGACUCUUGACAGGAAAUGCAUCCAAAGCACACUAAGGUAAAACAAAAGUAUACUGUGAUCUAAGUCCUUAAAUGAUAAUAUUGGGGUUUUAUUCUGAAGAUCUAUAAUUGUUAAUUAAAAUGUGAUUCCAAAUGCAAGGUUAACAUUAAUCCAAUGUAGAUUGUUGUAGUAAAACACUGUAAAAAUGUAGUUGGUUUGCGGAUCAGCUGUAGAAGUGUCAGAUCUCUAUAGAUUUGCAGGCAAUUUAAACAGCAGAAUUGUGAACUUGUUUAAAAUGUUGCUUUAUAGAAAAUUUAGAACUUAACAGAUAAGUAGAAAUGAUGUUUUAGGGAAUCGCACUGUAAUUGAAAUGAUAGUUGAAACUGAAAAUGCUGUAAGUGCUUCCUGACUAUUCCAUUUGUCUGUGGAAAUUUACAUAUUUAUUAAUAUUGAAGAUUAAUUAUAUUAAGUGGGUAUUCGAUCUCUGUCAUGUUGGUAUUCCAGCAUAAUUGUUCAGAAAUGGAAAAUUUUGAAUAAAUGGUCAAGAAUUAGUC